AUGUGGUCGAACGUCCUUCGUGGCCUGGUCCUCACGAGCCUGGUCACAUCGAUUUCGGGGGCCGCGGCGGAGGAAAACCAAAACAACCCGUCGGCCGAUGCAACGGAUGGUUCGGAUCUCAUCGAUGACUCCUCCAACAUCGUUCCCGGCGCCUAUAUCGUCGAAUGGGAGACCGGCGCCGAAGACUCAUCCAGCUUCUACCAGGACCUCGGACUCGACGUCGAACACCGCCGAGACCUCAACUUUCGGCUCUUCAAGGGCGCUUCAUUCCGCGUCCAAAACGCCUCGCACGAUGGCGACGACGCGGAUAUCUCCCGGCGCAUCGCCGAGAAGCCGGGCGUCAAAAGCGUCUGGCCCGUAAGAACGAUCCGCAUGCCGACACCAAAGCCGGUUGCUGUCGGGAGAAACUCGAAGCGAUCCGUGUCAGACGUCGGAAAGCGUCAAGACGACCCGGGCGACUCGGACACGUUCACGCCGCACGUCAUGACCCAGGUCGACAAGCUCCGCGCCGAAGGCUUCACCGGCAAGGGCAUCCGCAUCGGCAUCGUGGACAGCGGCAUCGACUACACCCACCCGGCUCUCGGCGGCUGUUUCGGAGAAGGAUGUCUGGUCGCCUACGGCUGGGAUCUCACGGGAGACAACUACUUCCCUCCCGAGAGCCCGUCGCCGGACUCGGACCCGUACGACGACUGCGUCGGCCACGGGACGCACGUCGCCGGCAUUAUCGCCGCUCAGGCCAACGAGAUGGGCUUCACCGGCGCCGCGCCGGACGUCACGCUCGGCAUGUACCGGGCCUGGGGCUGUAGCGGGUUGACCACCAACGACGUCCUCCUGGACGCCUUCAACCGCGCGUUCGAGGACGGGAGCGACAUCAUCUCCUGCUCGGCGGGCUACUACACGGGCUUCGCCAACGACCCGUGGGCCAUCGCCGCGUCGAGGAUCGUGGCCCAGGGCGUGCCUGUCAUCGUGUCCCCGGGGAACUCGGGUCGAUCCGGCAUGUUUCUGGCCGCCUCACCCGCAACGGGUGUCGAAGUCACGGCCGUCGGAUCCGUGGAGAACAUCGUCACGCCGCUGCUGCUCGAGGCCGGGUCGUAUAAUGUUGGCAACAGCACUGAUGACGUUCAACCCUUCGGUCUUGUCAGCGGAACCCCGGCGUUUGCGGAGAACAUCACCCUGCCUCUGUGGGCAGUCAGCAACAACGCCGUUUCCGCCAACGACGCCUGUGCAGCUUUGCCGGAUGACACGCCCGACCUCUCGUCCAAGGUCGUUCUUCUCCGCGUGGCUGAUACAUCGGAGUGCUACUCUUCGACGCAAGUUGAUAACGUCGCGGCUAAAGGUGCCAGGUACCUUUUGUUCUACAGCCAGUCAAACUCGUCCAUCGAGUCAAUCUACGCCUAUGCCGAUGGCAUUGCUGGAGUUGGAGCUAUCACCGCUUCCCAAGGAACCCGCUGGAUCAAUCUCUUGAACGAAGGCAGACCCGUGGCUGUCAACAUUGUGGCCUCUGAGGCUGCCGGCAUCCGGUACGAGCAAGUUCUAAACGACGUCUCCGGCGGCCUGACCAGUUUGACAUCUUCAUGGGGCCCGACCUGGGAAGCCGUGUCUAAGCCACAGUUCACCGCGCCAGGCGGAAACAUUCUGUCAACCUGGCCAUUAACCAUGGGGGGCUACUCGGUCUUGUCGGGUACGUCAAUGUCAACGCCCCUCGUCGCGGCCAUCUUCGCUCUCGUCGGACAGGCGCGAGGUUCACUGGACCCCGUUGAGCUCCGCAGCGUCAUCUCUUCCACCUCCACACCCAUAGCCUGGUUCGACGGCACGACGGUCCACGAUAUCUCGGCCUCCGUCGCGCAGCAGGGCUCUGGCGUCGUUCAGGCGCACGACGCCGCGCGCGCGAAGACGGUUUUGAGCAUCAGCCAGAUCUCCUUCAACGACACGGCCCACUUUGUCGAGAGCCACACCUUCAGCAUCAGGAACACGGCCGAUGAAGACUUGACCUACACGCUGGGGCACACCAAGGCCGCUACCGCGUACACCUUCGCCGCCGGUUCACGGUCUGCUUCUCAGUUCCCCAACCCGGUGGUUGAUGACUGGGCAGAGCUUUCGUUCUCCGCCAGUGAGGUUGUUGUACCUGCAGGCUCAUCGGCUGAGGUCACGGUCAGCGGCACUCCGCCACAGAAGGUGAACGCCACACAGCUUCCGGUCUACAGCGGAUAUAUCGACAUCACCGCAAGCAACGGCGAAUCCCACAUCAUCCCCUACCUCGGCAUCGCCGGGAGUCUGAAGGAUGUUCCCGUCUUUCUUGAGGGACCCCAGUUCGGUACCUAUCUAGGCUACACCAACAAUCCAACCCCACCCAACACGACUUUCACGAUUCCGAGACCCGGCACGCCUCCUCCCCCUACCGGUGCCGAUUUCCCCAGCAUGGUUGCGAGCCUCCUAUUUGGAUCACAGAUCGUCCGGGCGGACGUCGUGGCGUUGACGGAAACCGGACUCCCGACGGCGGCGCACUUUGACAUCCAAAGCAUCGGGCAUCUGCCAGGCUUUCCUGAGCCAUGGGUCACUCGGAGGAACUACAGGCUGGGAUUCCUGGGGAAUCUGGCUGACGGGGCAAUCGUUCCGGAGGGGACUUACAAGGUUGUGUUCAGCGGGUUGAGGGCCUUUGGUGAUGCCUCAAAGAAGGAGGAUUGGGACUUCGCGGCCACGGUCCCGUUCAUUAUCAAAUAUCUACCAGAGUAG